AUUGAGAGGGCGUUUUAUGGCGAGGUUCUCCGUCGACGGCGCCGGCGACGGCCCGGGGAAGAAGCGGAAGCGGGUUCCCGGAUCCUCAGAUGAGAGUCAAAGUAGCAGCAGCGGUCUCGUCAAGGGAAACAACUCUGAGAACCAUGAGGCGAUGGUGAAAUCCGACGAGCGAAUGUCAAAGGAUGUGGAAAACGAGGAGGAGAGUGAGGAGGGAGGAAGAGACCAGGGUGCUUCGAAUGGGAAUUGAACUGUUGUUAGAAUCGAUACCGAUGUGCUCUAUUGCUUUAUCUGUUUCGAGGCUUUGCUUCCUCCCAUUUACCAGUGCCCAAAUAGUCAUGUGGUGUGCUUAUGCUACUGCAUCACUAUUAGUGCCAAAUGUCCGGACUGCACGGAAUUAAUUUGUUUGCACUAAAAAGGGUUAUCAAAUCAGUAAAAGUAAGCUGUGUGAAUGCCAAAUACAGAUGCAAUGAAACCCUAGCAUACUCACACUACGAAGUACACCAGAAACCUGCAAUUAUGCUCCAUGCAACUGCCUUGACUUAUCUUGUUCAUUAUGGGGCUCCACAAGAAGUCUUUCGCAGCACUUCUGCAGCCACCACACAAAGUCUGCUGUCGAAUUCAGAUAUGGAUGCCAUUUCCCUAUUGCAGUUAAUCAUUCAGAAACUUCAUUGCUCAAUCUUAUGCGAGAUUAUUCACGUCGCCACACAUGUGAACAAUGGUAAUUUGAAUGAGGCUAUUUAUAUGCUGGAGCUGUUCAAGAAUGAAGGGUUUGAUUCUGGUGAUUUUCCUGAAAUUUCAGCGGCGAGAAACAAUGUUGACCCUACUUCACUUACAGGUAGUUUCAGUGGGACAAACCACACCAUCUGAUAGUUCUAAGUGUUGUGAAUGAUGAUAUAUAUCAUAUCGGCUCUUCUUAGCAAUUGUGCAAUUCCCAUACAUUGUGCAUUGGAUCUUUUAGGUUUUUCUGCUUCAAAAAAAUUGCAGCAUGGACUGGUUUGUUUUCUUGCCAGAGGAUUCAUGUCUGAAAUUUUUCAGAUUGAAAAUAUAAUACCACCCUUUAUUUCCAAAGGAUUGUACAGAUUCUCCAACUCUGUCAUAGACUGUUCAUACUGCUUGAAAAUGUGCAUGAGAUUUUCAAGAUUUUAUCCCUUUUUUUUUCUUCUGUGAAUGUAGAAGAUGAGUUUCAGGCUUAUUUAUUUGGAUCAUGCUCGAGU